UCCUGAAACUGAAAUUUUAAUAGAUUAUUAUAGCCGUUUAUACAAAAUAACCUCCGCAGCUAAGCGUGAUACUAAUGAUUACUAUGACAAAAAGCAUGAUGAAAUAGAAAAAAUGGGGGUUAUCUAUCUGAAGUAUUGGUUAUAUGAUAAAAUGUUAAAAAAAAAAAUUGACGAUUCGCAAAUAGGAAAGAUUAUUCAAGGAUUGAAAACUUAUAUAGAACCUAAAAUAGAAGUAAAAUACCCAAAUUGUUCUAAAAUUAAUAAAUUAUCAAUGAGUGAAAUAAAAAGUAUAAAAAAAAUAUAUGCUCUUUAUACAAUUUUUUAUGGAAAUACUAAUAAUUCCAGUUCGUGCAUUGGUGAUCAGUGUAAGUAUAUGGACUAUUUUGGAGAAGCCUUAGACGAGUUUAUUAGUAGUAUUAAUAAAUGUUCCAUAGAAGAAUCUACAAGUAAUUACUGUAAAGAGUUCGACGAAUUCGUAAAUAUAUGUAAGGAUAAAAGUCUAAAUGCAGGAAUUACAGUACACGAUGUACCUACGCAAAGUGCAGCUGGUAUCAAAGAAAAGUAUUUACUAUCUGUUGAAAAAUAUCAAAAUAAACCGAUUUACAUAUAUUUAAAGGAUGCAAAAUUGUUAAAUUUUGUUAAUACAUCUCAUUUUAUACGUACUAAAAAUAGUACCACUAUCGCAGCAACUUCUGUUGUAGGUUCUGCUAUAGGAUUAUCCUCAAUUUUUUACUAUUUAUAUAAGUUUACGCCCUUUGGAAGCUCUUUACGCAAAGGAAAAAAUAUAGUGAAUAUUAACGAAGGGGCGCGUGAUUCAUUAUUAUAUACAUCGGACACUGAAGAAACACCAUUCAAAAGCAGGAAGUAUAAUGUGGCGUAUCAUACUUUUAGUGAUACUUAA